GGCGGACCCUGCUCGGCCGGAGCCGGACGUGCCUCACGUGCUUGUGUUGUAUAAACCUGCACUCUGAUGAUACGUGUGGUGACCACAGAGACAGUAAAAUUGGCUUUCUGAAAACAAGAGAUGUUUGUUCCUAAAACAGAUAACCAAUCUGAUCUCGAGGGGCCGCAUAGAAACGCUGGGCCGUGGCUGUGCUCCAUUUGCUCGCAGCAAAAUGAUACGAGCUGUAUGUCCUGUGAGGUAUGCGGCGUUCUUCGGGAUUUGUCACUGUAUUUCAAUAACUCCAAUGAACCUGAAGGUGGAGCUAAACGUAGAAACAAGCAUUCUGGUGUAUCUGUACUGGCAAGAUCUCUUUUCGCACCAUCUGGUCCAAAAUCAAAAGCCGUUGUUUUCUCCGAUGGAUUUCGAGGCAACAAAAACGCAACAGGACAUAUGCAAGCUUCCUUGGGUACUCUGCACAAGACAUACAUGACACAUAAGCAGCGCCAUAACAUAGUGCCUUUCAAGUUUGAUAUACCAUCUCCUGAUGACAUGGUCUCUACAGGCUUAAAAUCGUCCAGACAUUUGCGAAAAGCUGUUCCAUCUGUAGAUAUCCCCGGAAAGAUGGUGAUGGGUGAUGAUGAUCUUGUAGUUGAGAAGGAUACAAGUACAGACCCAAGUUCAUCAGUGAAGUUGGAUGAACUUGGUGGAAAUAGUAGCACUGUUGCCGCCAAUACUCAGAACGAAACUCUUAUUUUGGACAAUGAGCUACAACAUUUGAGUUUAGAGAGGAAGCCAAAAAACAGUAAAACCAAGAUUAAGAAGCCAGUUCCUGUUUCACAAUACAAGCCAGAACCGUGGAUGCUACAGGGCGAAGAUCAAGACAUGCCUAGACAACUAAAUCUUGCUAUUGUUGGUCACGUUGAUUCUGGCAAAUCAACAUUAUGUGGUAGGUUGCUGCAUGCCCUGGGUAGAAUUUCAAAAAAGCAAAUGCAUAAGAAUGAGAAAGAAGCGAAAGAAAAGGGAAAAGGGUCGUUUGCAUAUGCUUGGGCAAUGGACGACAGUGCUGAUGAAAGGGCACGUGGCAUUACGAUGAAUGUCGGUGUAGCAUACUUUGACACCAAAAAUUACCAAGUUGUUAUGCUCGACUCCCCUGGUCACAAGGAUUUCGUUCCUAACAUGAUAUCUGGAGUGACGCAAGCUGAUGCAGCUGUCCUAGUUGUUGAUGCCUCUCUUGGAUCAUUCGAGUCAGGCAUGGGCGUUAAUGGGGUUGGUCAGACAAAGGAGCACUCACAGCUUAUUCGAAGCUUUGGUGUCGAGAACUUGAUAGUUGCUGUCAAUAAGAUGGAUUCAGUGGAAUAUUCGGCAGAACGCUUCAAUUAUGUGAAAUCACAACUUGGCAUUUUUCUCCGAUCUUGUGGCUAUAAAGAGUCAGCGAUAACCUGGGUUCCUUUGAGUGCGAUGGAAAAUGAAAAUCUGGUGACAGCAGCUUCAGAUACUCGUCUCUCAUCAUGGUUUCACGGGACUUGCCUUCUGGAAGCAAUUGACUCGUCAGCACCACCUCCUCGUGAUGUUUCAAGGCCACUACGGCUUCCAAUUUGUGAUGUUAUUUCAUCCCAUGUGCUGGGGCAAGUGGCGGUUUGUGGUAAAGUGGUGUGUGGAGCAAUCGGAAGUGAUUCCAAGGUCCUUGUGAUGCCUUCUGGAGAGCUAGCUACAGUGAAAAUCAUCGAGCGGGACUCCUCUCGUCUCAGCUCGGCAAGAGCCGGCGACAACAUUGCGAUUGGACUGCAAGGGAUCGACCCGAUCCAUGUGAUGUCUGGUGGAGUUCUGUGCCAUCCGGAUUACCCCGUGUCGGUGGCGUCUUCCCUGGAGCUGAAGAUCCUGGUGCUAGACAUCACCGUACCUAUACUGCCCGGCCUUCAGUUUGAGCUCCAUGUGCACCACGCGAAGGUGUCGGCGUCCCUGGUGAGAAUCGUGUCACUGCUGGACCAGAAGACUGGCAAAGCCUCAGCGAAGAAGCCGCGGAUGCUCACCGCUAGACAGGCUGCCAUCAUCGAGGUACGUCGCGUUACAUGUGCGCCCUUACAGCAGAUGAGUCUGAAUGAGUGCCUGGUGAUCGUCUGUGGUGCCUGUUUUGUCCAGGUGAAGCUGGAGAGGGAGGUGUGCGUGGAGGAGUUCGCGACCCUCAAGGCCCUGGGCCGGGCGUUCCUGCGGUCGCAGGGGAGCACCGUCGCGGUCGGCGUCGUGACCCGCGUCGUGCAGGUACAGGGGGAGCGAGCAGAGCAGGCUUCUUAGGGCGCGUUGGUUAGGUCCAUCCUGUAGGAGCAGAGUUGUAUAGACAGGCAGACACUCGUCGUCAGGUCAGGGGUGCGUGAACCUGAACGUUUUUGGCGGACCGGACCGGACCAGGUCAGGGGUCUCAUGUGCCUGUAGACAGACACUCAUGAGUGAUGAGGUCCUCCUGUUGCUGUUGGGUUGGGCGUUGGCGCUGCUGCCGCGUCCGCAUCUCCUGUAGGCAGUCACUGAUGAAUUCCUCCUGUUGCUGUUGGGCGUGGACCGCGUGGCAGCUCGCGCGUAGCGAUCCUCCACGGCGGCCGCACGCGCACCGACACACAUCGCCGUAGGUGCAGUACAGUACCAGCGAUGGCAGCUAGAGUCCUAGCUGCACCUCAUCAGCGCGACGCAGCGCAACACAAACGAUUCUUCCGACUCUGUAACAUGAUCCAGUCAGUGGAUGAUUCAACACAAACGAUUUUUUUUUCGCAAGCA